AUGCAGGAUUGGCAGAUUGCCGUGCUCGUCAUCGUCAUUGUCGUGUUUGUGGGGCUGGCGACGCCGCUCAUCUAUCUUAUUUACCGCUUUGGCAGCCGCCGACGCCGCUACUCCUCGAAAAGGACGAACAUGACCACCUCCCGCUACGCCGAUAGCAGCUGUUGCGCCAAAUAUGGCAUCCUUGACGCCGGAGAUGCCUUUGCCCAGCUGUUCCGCGGUGACCCGCGCAUUCAUUCCAGCACCCAUCUGCUUUACUUUGUGGACUUUCAAGGAGAACUGCACUGGAUCAACUUCAAUAAGAAACCGGCGGCAAAGAUCGACACCGAGUCGGCGAUACAGCAGUAUAUCUUCGAAACCUUUCAUCCUAUAGUCGAAGAAGACAACAGGGUAGUCCCUUUACCCCCUGAGAUGCUGGCUCUGUCGUACAUAAACUAUCAUCAGACGCUGGUAGUGCUGGACCUGAAUCGCCUGCUCGCCCGUGACGCUGAGUUCGGUGCACGGAUGCGGCACACCGCAGAGCGCCCGUUGCUGUUAUCGCGACUGGUGGCAGACGGCGCCGAUAGGGCCGUAUUGACGGCACUAAGUCGUUACGGCCACACUGCUGGGGACGCUUUCGUGCCGCCCGUCACUCAAACAAGCGGGCAGUGCCCGGCACUUGUCACAGCGUCACCACUGCAGCAGUAUCAGCAGCGGAUUGAGGUAGACCUUAGUACAUCUCGCGCAAAUCCAAUGUCCACGACUCCAGCAGUUUCAACCUCUCUGCCCAACACACACGCCCCUCCGCCGACGGUCCAGCCGCCCGUCGCUCCCCCUCUACUCCCGCCAUCGAACUUCAGCUCUUCGUACGCGUGCGACAUUUUCGGCAUGGCACCCACCCCUGUCAUUCACCCAUGCGACACGCAUCACAUCACGACCAGCACCCCCGUCUCCAUCACGGCAGCCUCGUACGUGUUGCUGAACGCCAACGGCAGUGGCACGGAGCUUGACGCGAUGAGCACAGCGAGGAUUGAAGGGGCGCGGCUCCGGUGGGACCGACGACAGAGCCUUGUGGUGUCAUUUGUGUCGGGGGUGUUGUCGGGGUACCAGUGCAUCAUUGACCCCAUCACAGAGGAGGCGACACUCUCCACAGAGUCUGCAGCGCGCGCCACGAACGUCAACGGUGUGGAGUCCAUCGUGUGUCGGCGUGCCGACGCCCUAUACUACACCGUCGAGCGCGUGAACUCGACGCAGUGGCUGCCAUUUGACAAGGCCUUCUACCUCCCGGCUGGGCGGUGGUGUGUGCGGGCCCGCGCCACACUGUACUGCGACAACAGCAGCAAAACGAUCGCGAAAGUCUUCACGGUGAGUAUGAUUUGA